UAGCUUUUUAUCUUUCUUCUCCAUCGAGCUAAACGCUAAAAAUGGAGGCCGAGAGGAAGUGAGAGAAGAGAGAAACAUGGUGAAACAGGAGGAGAUAUAGGAGGGACAAUCCAGAUACAAAAGAAAGCUUCAAUUUUGAAAAUUGUGUCAUUUUUUUUUUCUUUUUCGUUUAAUUGACUAAAUCUCAACAAAAAAAAGGGGAAGAAGGAAGGGUAAGGAUAGGGUCGUGCGUGUCAAAGAGAGGUGCUGGACGCGAAGCCUCCACGGCGAGGAGGCUCCCGUCGCAGCACCUAAGCGGAAGCCUAAGCUCUUCAGCCGUCGGAUACGGCGGCGAACCGUCGGAUCAAUCCGAUAUCGGCGGUGCGAAGAUGAAGGGGCUUUUCAAGUCUAAGCCUCGAACUCCUGCUGACCUCAUCCGACAGACGCGCGAUCUCCUUCUCUACGCCGAUCGAUCCAACUCUUUGCCUGACCUUCGAGAAUCCAAACGCGAAGAAAAGAUGGCUGAACUAAGCCGGAAUAUCCGUGAUAUGAAGUCGAUCCUUUACGGAAACAGCGAGGCCGAGCCUGUCGCUGAAGCUUGUGCACAACUGACUCAAGAGUUCUUUAAGGACGAUACUCUACGCCUCUUGAUUACAUGUCUCCCUAAACUCAACUUGGAGACCAGGAAAGAUGCUACACAAGUUGUUGCAAAUCUACAGAGGCAGCAAGUCAAUUCACGGUUGAUUGCUUCUGAUUAUCUAGAAGCCAACAUCGAUCUCAUGGAUGUUCUGAUUGAAGGCUUCGAGAACACAGACAUGGCUUUACACUAUGGUGCUAUGUUUAGGGAGUGCAUUCGCCAUCAGAUUGUUGCCAAAUAUGUUUUGGAGUCUGAGCAUGUGAAGAAGUUCUUCAAUUACAUACAGCUUCCUAACUUCGACAUUGCUGCCGAUGCAGCUGCAACUUUUAAGGAACUGCUGACAAGGCAUAAGUCUACUGUUGCUGAGUUUCUCACCAAGAAUGAAGACUGGUUUUUUGCGGACUACAACUCAAAGCUUCUUGAAUCAAAAAAUUAUAUAACCAGACGGCAGGCCAUUAAGUUGUUGGGUGAUAUAUUGCUGGACCGAUCAAAUUCAGCUGUGAUGACGAAAUAUGUGAGCUCAAUGGAUAACUUGAGAAUUAUGAUGAAUCUUCUAAGAGAGAAUAGCAAGAGCAUCCAGAUAGAAGCGUUUCACGUUUUUAAGCUGUUUGCAGCGAACCAAAACAAGCCUGCAGAUAUAAUCAACAUUCUGGUGGCAAACAGAAGCAAGCUUCUGAGACUGUUGGCUGAUUUGAAACCAGACAAAGAGGACGAGAGGUUUGAAGCAGACAAAAGUCAGGUCUUGAGAGAAAUCGCAGCCCUUGAGCCGCGAGAUCUUGCUUGAACUAACCAACGUCAGAAAACCGUCCUUCCUUCCCUUUUUUUUAAGCAUUCGAAAGACAAUUUUUGGAGCAUCAAAGUUUAUUGUUGUAUUUUUUAUUAGGUAACCAGUCUCUCUCUUACUUUCUCAUACACACACAGACAAAGAUAUUUAUUCGAUUAUGUAUCCUCACUUGUACACUUUUUCACUGUUGAUGAAAUAAAAUGGAUUUGUUAAA